UAAGUAGCUCAAGAAAACCCGAACACUCCGAGCCUCCCGACUCUUGGAAGGUUGCUACACAGCGGGUUACAUUUCGGUUUUCUAAGACGCUAUAAGUGCCUCGUCUAUCACAUAGUCAUUGGGGUGUCCCUGAGAUGCCCAAAAUGCCCGAUCAAAGGCCCGAGCUGAAGCUGGCAUGGUAUUCCCGGUGCUCGCUCGGGUACACCCGCGCAAUCCUUGCGGUUCAGUCUCAGAUCAACAAACUAAAUGGACACAUUGGCUCGUUUGCCGUCCGGCGGCCCUGGCUCCUCACCGUACUGGCCGUGGCUGUGGCCGCCUUGUGUGCCGGAGGCUGGGCGCGCUUCAGGAUUGAAUCAGCCAGCGACGUGCUAUGGGUGCCACAACACUCCAAGUCGAUGAAGGACAAGGACUGGGCGUCAGAUGUCUUCGGCUCAGGAGGCGGCUACGCGCAGUUCAUGGCAACCGUGAAAGCCACGGGGCCGCUGGCAUCCCAGUACGGGUCCAAUGCGCUGCAGCUGGCGGUCUUCAGUGAGAUGUUCCGAGUGGACACGGCGGUGCGUGCCAUCAGCGUCAGCUACAGCGGCCGCACGUGGGGCUGGGAGGACAUCUGCGAGGUCAACUUCAGCGGCACCUGCAAGUACAGCGGGCCGCUAAACCUGUGGUCCAUGGACUUCGACACCUACCUGGCCGAGGUGAACGGCUCCCGCACGGACCCCACAGCCGGCGACCGGAGCAAGCUCAUUGGGGCCGUCAACUCGCCGCGCUUUCCCGACAACUCCGCCGUCUCCACGCUGUCGCUGUUUGGCGGCAUCGUGCUGAGCCCGCUGGCCAGCCCGCCGCCCGGGUCGCCGCCGCUGUAUAUGUCGUCGGCGCAGGUGGUCAGCCAGCCCUACGGGCUGCGGGACGGGCUCAGUGACAGCCUCAAGAACAAGUGGUACGACAAGUUCCUGGACGUGCUGAAGGCGCAGACCGCCGCGGCGGUGCACAGCAAGUUCGCCUUCAUCGCGGGCAACAGUGUGGAUAACGAGAUCGGGCGCUCCGUCACCAACGACCUGUACCUGGUGGUCAUCAGUGUGGCCAUCUUUGUGCUGGUGGCGGUGCUGGGCAUGUCCAGGACCCAGUCGGUGGCGACUCGCAGCAGCCUGGCGCUGCUGGGUGUGGUGAGCGGCGUGCUGGCCAUGGUCGCCGGCUACGGCCUGUCCAUGCUGUUCGGCUGCCCCUUCACCACGCUGGCGCAGACGCUGCCGUACAUCCUUCUGGGUCUGACGGUGGACUGCAUGUUCAUCCUGACCAAGGCCUACGACAGCCUGGUGGCCGAGCACCCCGCCGCCUCCAUGCAGGCGCGCUUCCGCCGCCUCAUGUCGUCCGCCGGCACCAGUGUGGUGGUGACGCUGCUGGCCAGCGCCGUGGCGUUCGCGCUGGGCGCCAUCAACGAGCUGCCGUCCGUGCGCUGGUUCUCCGUGUACGCCACCAUGGGCGUGGUCAGCAUCCUGGUGGCCACGCUGACGUUCUACACGGGCGUGUUCGUGCUGACGGAGCGCCGCAUCGCCCUCAACAAGGUCGACUGCCUGUGCUGCAUGACCAGCGGCGGCCCCCGCGUGCCCACCGCAGCCACCGUGUGGUUUGAGGACGGAACCGGCGGCCCCGGGGGCAGCGACGCCAUCGGCGCCGGCGCCUCGUCCCAUGCAGCAUACUACGACGCGCCCUCGGCCGUUGUGCUGCAGGCGCGCGCGCCUGGCGUUGCCUCUGCGCCGUCCCGCGGUGCAGGUGCCGGCCCGGUGGCUGAAUCUACCGCGGAGGGGCAGCCGCAGCGUGGCAGCCCAGCUCGCAGCGAGUCCGCCUCUUCAUCCGGCGUGACGCAGCAGACGGGCGAGGAAUCCCUGAAGAAGUCGGCUGUGCCUUUGGUGGCCAACACCAACCUCGCCGACCGGCAACACCCCGGCUCCAGCUCGCUGAAGCAGCACCACGCCGUGGCGCACGCCGCUGGCACGAUCGCCGUGGUGGAGGAGCCCAACCUGAUGAAGAAGCUGUUUGCGGCCUACUACGCGCCCUUCCUGACCAAGUGGUACGGCAAGGUGUUCGUGAUCGCCAUCUUCAUCGGCUGGGCGGUGCUCAGCGCUGUCGGCGCGCCGCGCCUCGAGGAGGGCCAGCCCCUGAGCGAGCUGGCUCCGGACGACUCGUACCUGCAGGACUACGUGCAGGUCAUGGAGGACACGUUCCAGAAGCAGAUCGGCGCGCCCACCUACGCCUACUACCGAUGGCUGGACCCCGCGCCGCCAGCGCAGCAGGCCAAGAUGCUGUCGGCCCUGGCGACCGGCCUGGACAACUCCUUCACCAACUCCACUGUGUCGGCCUUCCAGGGCAACUGGCUCAUUGACUUCAUCAUCUGGGUGCAGGACAACGACCCGAGCGUGACGCUGGUGAGCAUGCCGGGCUGCUCCAACCCCUACAACGGCCGCGUGUCGGGCGAUCUUGGUCUGUUCGUGGACCCAGUCACCAUCAAGGGCUGCAUUCCUGAGGACAAGUUCUAUACGAAGCUCAACGAGUUCCUGGCCGUGUCGCGAUCCUACAACGACGACCUGCGCUGGAGCCACUCGGUCGCCGCCAACGGCUCCCUGACGCGCACCAAGGUGUGGGCCUCCCGGUUGCCGCUGGUGCACACGGCGCAGGGCGACGACGGCUCGUACGGCCGCAGGCGCAUCAAGUCUGUACGGCACCUGGAGGACGCGGUGCUGGACCAGCAGUACAGCGCCGAGAACACCAACGCGCCCGAUGACGUGUUCUUCCUGUCCAACGGCGACUACAUCUACGAUGAGGGCGACGCACUGCUGGGGCCCAUGACUGUGGAGUACGUGCUGCUGGCGGUGGCGGGCGUGGGUCUGGUGCUGACGCUGACGCUGCCGUCCAUCCGCUCCGUGCUGUUCAUGAUGUUCGCGGUGGGCCUGACCGACUUCUUCCUGUUCGGCGAGAUGUUCAUUCUGGGCAUCCGCUUCAACCAGGUCUCCAUCAUCAACAUGAUUAUGGCCACGGGUCUUUCGGUGGACUACUCGGUGUACUUCGCCCAGCGCUUCGUGGCGUGCCAGGCUGAUGGCACCCUCAACGGCCGCAUGGCGCUGGCGCUGUCCGAUACCGGCUCAGCGGUGUUCGUGGGCGGCAUCACCGCGCUACUGGGCACCAUUCCGCUGGCCUUCUCCACCUCCACCAUCCUGCGCACCUUCUUCGCACUCAUCUUUGGCACAAUUGCCUUUGCGCUGUUGAUCGGCCUGAUGCUCAUGCCGGUCGUCUUCAGCCUCGUCGGCCCCGCACCGCUGUCCAUCAACGUGGCAGCUGACGGCACCGUCAAAUUGGAGCAGGACGUGCGGAGGGACGCGGCCAAACGGAAGGAGCAGGAGCUGGCGGAGGGCUCGGCGGUGGUGGGGCAGCAGCAGCAGCCACAGACGCAGUCGGGUGACUGGCGGGCGAGUAUGGCAGCGGUGCACGCAGACGCGGGGGCAGAGCAGGCGGCACUGCAGCAGCGGGCGGCAGAGCAGCCGGACGCCAAGGCGGGCGCUGACCAGGCCCGCAAGGGCGAGGACAAUGUAUGAUUGGCAUGGGGCGAUGGGUAUGGGCUCGACUCGAAUGACAUCGCGCACUGAAGCAAUCACGGCUGGAAAUUGCAUGCCGGCAACGUGUGGUGUAAUGGUGUCCUGCAUUUGGGGGUUAUCUAUGUGUGGCGCUGUGCAGUGAGCACGCCGCGAAGCAAUGGAGCUACCUGCUGAGUAGAAUACUGUGGAAGGGCUAGAUGGGAUUGGCAGAGGGCGUAGCGCGCGGGCGCGGGGUCCUUGCCGCAGCCCUGUUACUUGAUGUACAUUCUGCCUCUGCGCACUGCCAGGCCUACGUGUGAGCUACUGACUUCGCGACUCCUUAACUGUGCUAAUUGCUGACUCGGUCCUUUCGUUUGGCCUGGUAGGGACCGGUGCACAAGACAUGUGCAGUGAGGUCCGCACGCACGUAAGUGCGUGCCCCAGCAGAGCAUGUUGGUUCAGGUUGGUUCAUGUUGGUUGCCGGAUUGAUGCGACGCUAGCAGGCCAGCAGUACACUGCUGUAAAAACAGAGUAAUAUGCCAGCUUUGUUGACAAGGAAGGUGUUGUGUAUGUGGUCACGAGGUGGUGAGCACGACGUGCAUGCCUUUCCCUGUAGAAACCGAGGCCCGGGCCGGGGGGGCCUUAUAACGCCUGCAACAUUUAUAUAUGCAGCUAGUUUGGUCCCCGAAUGGGGUUGAGUAACGCGGCUAACCUGGCUGGGUUUCUGGCUUUCCCCCUCAAGGGAAGAGUGGGUUGCACCCACGCCACGUUGAUCCCCCAUUGACCUUCCAGGCACAACAGGAGCGCGCAAUGCGAGUCCAUGUUACCUCAAACGGACAGAAACGGAAGAUAAGCGCCUACUU